AUGUUCACACUGUUACUUCUCAGUUUCCUUAUCGUGAGUGCCACCGCGACCGGGGCCGGAGGUGCGGGCAAUGCUAGAUCAAAACGUAGUAUAAAUGAUACUGGCAGUGCAAUAAUGGCGGGCGGAGUGGGAAAGUGUCAUCGUGAUGACCGCCGACGACGACCCGAAACCUGCCGUGGACCACCCCUGGUCGGCAUCAUCCUUGGAUUCAUUUUUGGGGCAUUCUUUUUGGGCAUACUUGUCUGGGCAAUUAUCUGGUGGUGGUCCAAACGAAGAAAGAAAUUGGGAGUUAGCCCUGUUAACGCAAAGGGACGUGCACGCGAUUUGGAGGCGUCGCCACCUGCUCCACUUCGUAAGGUGGAGAAGCCAUGGCUCCCAUUCUCUGUAGCUCGAUUGUUUUCCAAGUACAAAAGGGUUCCGGAUCCACCUGAUACGCCUAGAAUCGUCAUCGAUGACAUUACUGAUGUUGAGGCCAAGAAGUCCGGCCUCCAUCGCAAUGGAUCUCAAUUUGCAGCAUUGCCCUCGCUUUCAUCCGAGGCGUCCGUUCCUUUGCCACCCUACCAAAGUACCUCCUCAACGCCUGAACCCAAUAUCACCUCUCCAAAGCUGGCGCCAAUACGCGUACCUUCCGACGACAAUGCGCCAGCGUCACCGUCGCCUAGCUCGUCAUUACCCAAGCUGCCCGCCCCCGAAUUGCCUCCGCCACUCACAAUGCCAUUCCUUCGCACAUCAUCUGAGUUGUAG